AGCGAACUGUUUCUGCUGCCUUGACCAGAACAUACUUGCGGAGUGAUACACAACGAUAAUUGUCAUGUAAUAUUUGAUUGCAUGGUAUGAAAAGGACAAAGGGGGACACAACUGAGCGGUCCCAAUACGACGUGCUUCUUAUAAACUUCAAGCAUGCAGUUUAUCUUAGUCUUUUUGGGAAACUGACAGGCCCUAUUUGUAUUGGGGAUGGGUACUUGUUUAUAGGACGGGCACAGUGCGGCAUACAAACUCAAACCAACCAGCAGGGGAGGGAAAGAGCAAGUUGAUUAAAAAUUUCAUGAAAAUAACAUUUAAACAACACACAACCAGACAAUUUUCUUCAGCAGAACCACCACUGUGUCCGGGAUUCUGUGCAUUUUGACGUCUAAAUGCAUUAAACUUUGCUGUCUUGCUCGUCAAAGGCGGGGGGACUGAGGGUCAGCGUGUCGUGCUUCCAUUCCAGUAAGUUAUCAGCAACUGUACUGUCUGACCAGCGUAAGCAUUUUGACACAGCAUGGGCAUUAUAGUCUGAAGCAGCUGUCCGACCUACAGUUAAUAUGUCCAGCACAAGAGAAAGUUCCCUAAGUUAUUCAGGAAAUAAGGCAAUGAGAGAAGAACCUCUGUACAAACAAGCUCUUUGGAGGCCCUCCCACCUGGUACAUCACUAGAGGACAGUGCAUCUGGCUUUCGAACAGAGCGGAGCAUGAGAGGCCCCCCCCAUUUAAAGACAAUGUUUCAUCUCCUGCCAUUUAGCCCAAAACAUCGUUGCCUGCAGAAAAUGUGAGGCUGCAGCAGAGCGAAUUCAGGAUUUUAAAUAUAUAUAUAUAUAUAUAAAAUAACAUUUAUUUUUAUUAAACACUCUCUCAGAGAAUCUCAGGUCCCAAUUCUUAUAUAUGUAUUUUUUUGUUUUGUUUUGUUUUUUAAAUUCUAUUUACAAAUAAAUAACGUUGUAACGAGUACAGCUCAACAUGGGGGACCAGCCUCUUUACAAGCCCAAUCACUCAGGGAACAGCACGGACGAUGACUAUUACCAGCAGCAGCCAAAUCCCAUGGCUACUAUGAGUGGAGGCUUGAACCACAACUACGGGUCGUCUAGCUUGGAGCCACCUCAGUCUUCCCCAGUGUCCCCUCAGUUCCCUCAUGACCCCCUGGACAGUUCUGCUGGGGCGGCAAUGCCAGUGUCGGCCAAGGGCUUCCCCGGGAUGACAGAGGCCUCCAAAGAGACUGGGCCUUGGGGCAGCCUGGUCAACCUCAUGUGGGGUUCGUCCAGCCCUGGGGAGGCUACAGACCCAGGCAGUGUCGGUGGCUACCAGUAUAGCUGCACAGCCCAGACAGCUGCAGAUGGGCAGCCUAAAGUCACGAGCAGUGUGUUACAGAAGCUGGAUUCCUUCACCCAGGUUUUUGCCAACCAGAACCUGCGGAUCCACCAAGGCAGCACUGGUGGAAACGGGCACAGCCUGGCACAACACGGGCAGUCAGCCUCCCCCUCCUCUUUGACUGACGUCACUGCAGACAGAGCCCUGCGGCAGCUCCUCUCCCAGAAACCCCACCUGCACGAGGAGACACCCGUGCAGCAGCAGCAAAGGUACCAGGUGGAGCAACAGCAGAUGCAGAGGUCCUUUGACACAGCGCAGCCCAAGUCACAACAGAUAACAGAUGUGCAACAGCAGCUCUAUUAUGAGUACCAACAGCAACAGCUGCAGCAACAACGGGUGGCACAAAUGCAGCACUUGCAGGCAUUGCAACAACGGCAACAGAUGCAAAGCCUGCAGUCCCAGCAGCAGAUGCAACAGCAUCAGCAAGCGCAGUACUACCUGCAGCAACAGCAGAAACCCCAGCAACAGACUGCGCAUGCACUUCUGCAGCAAUUGCAGCAGCAACGGAGCACUUAUUACCACAAGCAAGCACAAGCAGCCAUGCAUCAGUUGCAACUACAACAACAGCAACAGCAAAUGCAACCGCUGGCUUCCCCAUCACCCUACCACCAGAACCGUAAAACUGUACAGCAGCAGCUCCAGUACGCUCACCAGGAGCAAGCACACCCUGUCCAACACAUCCAGCUCUCCUCCGGGGCAGACCCCUAUUACUAUCAGGAGCAGCAGCAGCAGUCGGCAUCAACCCAGCUGCAGUAUCAUCGGCAGGUCUACCAACAGAACAUCCAUUUGCAGCAGCAGGUACAGGCCCAGGAAGAGCAUGCCCUGCAGUCUCCACCCAAACAGUACCUCCUGGAGCCCGGCUGCCAGCCUCGGAACCCAGGGGUCCCUGCUGCCGCUGCGGUCUCUGGGCUCCCAGAGGGCAGAAACGAUGGCCUGGCCUGCAGGGAGGUCCUACCCAACAUGGGUGUCCCCAGCCCCCCACACCAGCUGGGGCAGAGGUGUCUCAAUGAGGCACUGUCUACCAUGCAGCUGGCGAGUAGCAAAGGAGGGCCACAGAAGCAGCAGUCACCCAGUACACUGUGGCCCCAGGUGUCAUUAACAACAGAGAGGCGAGAUCCCACCUCUCCUGACCACAGCGUCCUCAAUAACGCAGGCUUCCCGGAGAGAGUGGAGGUGAAGAACAAGCUGGUGUGCUCCAUGUGUCAGAAGGAGUUCAAGAGUCUACCCGCCCUCAACGGCCACAUGAGGUCACACGGGGGCACGAGGACCGCACCCAGCCUCAAGCAGGAUGAAGGGGACAAGCAGCUGCCCAAAGAGGUCGACCCCCUCCUGCCCAUCGUCAUGCCUGUCUCUGUACCCGUAAAGCUUCCCCCUGCCGUGCGGCCCGCCGCGGACCUCUCGCCCGCUCCCUGCUGCCCCCCUGACAGAGACAUGCCUGUGCUGGUGAGGAUGGCCGAGUCUCCGCCACCAGCUUCCCUGCAGCUUCUGCAGCAGCCACCACACUCACCCGGAACGGCCCAUCCUGCCUCCUCAGUGAGUGUUGCGACGUCAUGUCCGGUCACUGCUACCCACUCCACCCCCCACACUGGACAGCCCUCGGCUUUCUGUAAGUCUGUCCGCAAGACUCCGAAGACGGAGAAGGCAGAAGAUGUCAAUGUGGAGCGUGGCCAGCCAGAUAAGAAGAAGUAUCGGCACCGCCCGGACCCGCUCAUCAUCCCCCCGCCCUCCUUCAGUCUGGCUCUGGGGGGCGCCAUCCUGUUCCAGAGCCAGCUGCGCUCCCCACGGAUCCUGGGCGAGAUUCCCCCCUACACACCCCCGCCCAUGCUGAGCCCUGUGCGACAUGCCCCUGGCCUCUUCAGCAGCGUCCUCUACACAGGCAUGCCCCCGAUAACUGCCACCCCCCGGGUGCUGCUGGGCAGAGCCAGUAGCGCUGAUGGAAGCAGCAUCCCAGUGACACCCGGGCCAGGAGAGCAGGCUGUCAACAUUGAACCACAUAUCAACAUUGGCCCCCAGUUCCAGGCACAGAUUCCUGAGCUGCAGAGCCGUUCGGCAGUGGAGGGGGAUCAACACAAGGCCAGUAUGGUGUGGACACCAAGAGCAGAGCUGCAGAGCCCCGGUGCUCGGCAGAGAGUGGAAGACUUCGUCAAUAUGGCCUGUUCCAGUGUGGUUUCAGGGGGAGGGACCAAUUCUGAGUAUGCCUUGCACUGCCUUUUCGAGACCAGAGGAGAUUUCAUGGCUGCUGUGGAAAAACUGCUACUGUGUAAGACCAUGAGGCCAAAAUCUCACCCUUUGGCUGAUUACCACUACGCUGGAUCUGAUAAAUGGGCCCCUUUGGAGAAGAAGCAGUUCAACAAAGCCUUAGCCACACACAACAAAGACUUCUUCCAUGUACAGAAAACAGUGAAGACUAAGACAGUAGCUCAGUGUGUGGAAUACUAUUACACAUGGAAGAAGAAACUCCGUCUGGGGAAAAGACACCGAACCCGCCAGGCAAACAUUAAAGACGAAGACAUGCAGAGUGCCGAGGGUGAGGAUGUGGAAUUGGAUGAGCUGGAAGAGGACAGGAAGUCUGAUGAAGAGGAGGAACCUGAGGCUCCCAAGUCUCCAGACCUGCUGGUCAAAACCUCCCUCGAGCCAGAAGCCUACCAGGGCUCAGUUCCGCUCAACACCUGCUUUGUGUGUGAAAUGCCCAACUGUGGAGCUGCUUUCAGCUCCAUGCAGGCACUCAACGGCCACGGCCGUAUCCACGGCAGCACAAACCAGGCGUCAAAGCCGUCCCCGAGAGGCAAACCCAAAGCCAUGUCCCAGUCUGGCUACGGCUCGGUGAAGAGCUCCCCAGCUCACAGCACCACCAGCGGAGAGACCGACCCCACCCUGAUCUUCCCCUGUAAGGAGUGUGGAAAGGUGUUCUUCAAGAUCAAGAGCCGCAAUGCCCACAUGAAGACACACCGGCAGCAGGAGGAGCAGGAGCGCAAGAAGCAGCAGCAGCAGCAGCAGAGCGCCCAGGAGGUGACCGGGCCCAUCAUGCUGCCCCUGGACCACAUGUGUCUGAUCAAGCAGCACGGGGCGCGGAGCGAGGAGCUACACGCAAACCUCCUGCCAGCUGAGGACAUGGAAAACUUCCUGCUGGACUGCGAAGAGGGGCUGUAACUGGGGUUGGGAGAGAAGGGGGGCCAAGGGGUGGAGGGGAUGAGCGAAAGGCAUCUCCCAGUUAACAAUCACAAGGAGAGAGCAGCGCUGGGGUGCUACAGUGGAUCCUGUUAGGGAAUGAUGGGAAUCUUCAUGCAGGACAAUGCUGAUUCGCGAUGAGAUGGGGAGGGAGGGACCAAACUGGCCUUAAGUGGAUGCUCGGCCAAAGCUUGAUUUUGAGGAAUGUAUAAAAAACUGCUUGGGUCUCCGGUUGCUAUGCCGGUGUGAAGGAAUAGGGGCUUCCAAGCUUAGGAACAGAUCUCUUCGUUCAAACUUUGCUGUGUGAGAGAGAGCAAGAGAUUUCCUGAGCACAAAAAAAUAUGAAAGUUUCAAUUAAUCAUUGCACUGUGGUCGUAGAGAGGGGAGAGCUUUUUUUCAGGUUACGGUUAUUCUCAGAAUUGAACAGUGCUCUGUGAUAUAUGUGUGUGUGUGUGUGUGAGAGAGAGAGAGAGAGAGAGGUUUGUUUAUCUAUUUAAAUCCUCAGAUCAGGGCUGGCCUGCUGGGUGUGGAACUGAUGCCACUGUAGAAGUAAACAAGGUUGCCAUUGCACCUUUGUGGUAGAUUUCUUGCAGGACUCUUGACAAGUGAAGCACAGGCACUAGAAAGCGUUAACUGAAACUGCUGGUCAGUUCCCAUAGAAACGACAGUCCUCUCUAGAACUGUGUAGCUACCUCUAUAUACGGUUGUUAAACAAAACAAAAAAGAAGCCCUUAAACCCUUUCUGCACUAGCCUUGAUUUACUUGGGUUUGAACAAACCUACAAAUUCUGAAAAGUGCAAAACGAGGUGGCGUUCAGGGUCUGUCAGUCGGAUCUUGCUUUCCUCCAAAUAUAAAAAAAAAUAAAGAAAACAUGUAUGUAAAGCAAGUACGUUUCAAGGAAUGUGGCAUGUUGUUUCUUGUUUUGUUAGGUCCUAUCCAUUGCACUCUUGUGGUUGUUAUGUCUGAAUCUCAGUGAUUUAAACUGAAUGUGUGUCGAGGAGCUGGAACUUGAUUCAAGAUAUUUGUUGGCGGGUACUGCAUCAGCAUAGUCCCAUAUCCCAUAUAUCUCACAUAACGUUAUUCAAAGGCACAAUACAGUAUAUGUUCAGAUGUGGCAAGGGUAUUAAAUAAGAUUUCUCACAUCGGACAUGUCUUUUAAGAGUUCUUAACAGGAGAUAACUUUUCAAGACCCAUCCAAAUGAGUCAUUAAACUAACCACUGGAUCUGUUCAUGCUAUGACUGCUGGUUAAAGGAGAAUGUUUGUUUUUCUUUUUUUGCUGUUUUCCAUUGUAGAAAGAGGGGGGGUGGGGGGUUGGGGUUAGUGGACAGUUCACUUUUUUGUUUUACUUUGAAACUGCUCUAUUUUUCUGAAGCAAAAAAAAACAAGAUUUAAAACUGUAAAUACAAAGGUUUAAAUAUAUAUUUUGUGUAAAGAAAUAGAUUUACAGAAAUCAGUUAAACUGCAGGUGGUUUUGUUUUUACUGCAGAAAGGGUGUAAAUAUUUUGUAUUCUCAAGAUGGGAGUUGUUGUUAUUUUAAUUUUUUAUAUAUAUUAUUUUUAAGAAUGGUGCAACCAGAUAAAUGAUAUCAGUUUAUAAAAAUGAUAUAUAUAUAUUUCUGUAACUUUUACUGUGGUAUUCAUAUGAACUGUCCGAAUUCUUCUGUGACAGUUUUGUAAGGUACUGUUCAACAUGAUGGCAUGUGAACUUGUUCUUGCCCUUUCUAAUUUAUUAAAAUGUUGCACUGUGCACUGUACAUGGUUUAAUCUAGAUAUCUCCAAAAGGCUCAGAAUCAGUAAACUGAAGCACUAGGCCGUCCUAUACCACAGCAUACGUAAUAGUACUGAUAGGCAGGAUCAGGAAGUGACUGUGGUUGAAGGACCUGUACAAUGGAAAGGUUGGGGGGUAAAAGUUUUCAAGUACCCUUAAAUAUGAGGAGGCAGAUUAAACUAAGCUUGGUUCAUAGUUAUACUUUCUAACUUUUUAAGCGACUUUAUGUAUUUUUGUAUCUUUAGGUGACUUCUAAAAAGAGUUGCUAUAAUCACAUAAACAGUUUUAUACAGACCAGGCUCUUCUCUGUUAAAUUAUCUGGAAAUGGCUGCAUUGUAUUUGGUUUUAUAUUAGUAGUAAUCCCAGAAUUACAAAUUAUGAGGUCAAGGUACACAAAGUACUGGUUUACACCUGAACUACUCCUGUGGUAUCCAGUACAAAAAAGGGCUUACAAUUCACGUUUAUAGAAUAUACUAUAUUUGGAGAAAGCCUGGCUAGAGGACUGUAGAUGAAGGAGAUGCUCUGUGAUCUGAUCAAACAGUCGUGCUUAAUGUCCUCACGCAUGGCCGUGUAUUUAUUGUAUCCUUGCCUGCUCUAACACACAAGCUUACUGGGUUGACUACAUUCAGGGACUUCAUUCAUAUCUUCAAAACACUCAAUCAAAAAUAGAAGGGAAAACUUGUAAAACUUCAUGUGUUUUCUUACAGGUUUUACCAUUAAAAUUCAGGGACGCUUGUCUUAUUGGUCAUUAUGUACCAAUUUCUGAAACCCAACAUCUGGAUUCCCCUCUGUAAUAUUAUUUGAAAGUUGUCUUGCACUUUACUACUAGUUUGUUCCCCAGAAGUAUAGUGCUGUUUUGGCAAGGAAGUAUCUAUAUAUUGAUCAUAUACCUAUAUAUGAUAUUCAGAGUGAUUCAUACACUAAAGCCCAAUUAGAAAACCUUACAGAACAUGAGCUCCACCACUGACAUUGUUACUCUUUUAUUUCGGUCAGCUUGUCCACAAUGUGGAGUGUGAUGUUGGCACAUCCCGUGGGUUUUUCAGUGCACCUAUGGUUUGUGGUUUAUGAAUCAGCCUGUAUGUAUAUGCAUUUUACAAAAAUGUGACACAUAUAUUUUUUUUCUUCUAUUUUUUGCAAAAGGAAAUAAGAUGGUGUUUCCCACCCACACACACCCCCAUACACAUUUCCAGAAUUCAAAAUGAAACUAAAUAAACCAAUUGUAUGUGACGGGAAUCCUUCUGUAAUAAUAAAAGAAGAAAUUGA